UCCUCCUCUUCCUCCUCCCCAAUCCUUCUGCUCUGCGCCUUGGGAAGGGAAAGCCCUCGUCCUCAGCCGGGCGGACGCGCUCCCAGCCUGGAUCCACCUGAGGGCGAGACUGCAGCAGGUAAGGAGCGCGCUGCUGCUGCUGCUGCUGUUGACAAGGGAAGAGCGGCGAGGAGGAGGAGGAGGAGAAGGAGGAGGAGGAAGAAGAAGAGACCGCCGUGACAGCGGAAAUCGCCGCCUCCUGGACAGGGGAAGUGGAUAAUCCAGUAAAGCCUUCUAAGAAAACCAGGAGAAAUCAUGGUUUGCACAAAUAAGCUUACAGAGCCAAAAGGACUGUAGAAGAGUCUCUGCGGAAAGAUAAAAAUAACAAUGUGGUUAUGAUAUUUAAAAUCUAUGAUGCCUCCUGCCAUGGCAGAUACCCUGGACAUCUGGGCAGUAGAUUCACAGAUAGCAGCGGAUGGCUCAAUAUCUGUGGAUUGCCUGCUUCCCACUGGAAUUUACAUCAGUUUAGAUGUCCCUCGUGAUGCCACUAUUUGUCAUAUCAAACAGCUGUUAUGGAAGCAAGCACACAGCUACCCUCUGUUUCAUCUUCUUAUGGAGAUCGACUCCUAUAUGUUUUCCUGUGUGAACCAAACAGCGGUACGUGAGGAACUAGAGGACGAGACACGGAGGCUUUGUGAUGUUAGACCAUUCCUUCCUGUUCUUCAACUAAUUACAAGAAGCUGUGACCCAGGAGAAAAAUUGGAUUCUAAAAUAGGUGUCCUUAUAGGAAAAGGCCUCCAUGAGUUUGAUGCCCUACAAGACCCAGAAGUUAAAGAAUUCCGGAUAAAGAUGAGACGAAUCAGUGAAGAGAAGAUGCAAUCACUUGUGAGGUUAUCGUGGAUGGACUGGUUAAAACACACGUAUCCACCAGAAUUGGAACCAGCAGUUCAGGAAAACCUCCAAGAUAAACUUUAUGGUGGCAAUCUAGUUGUGGCUGUUCAUUUUGAUAACUGUCAAGAUGUGUUUAGUUUUCAGGUUUCUCCUAAUAUUAUCCCCAUCAAAUUGAAUGAGCUGGCAAUUCGAAAACGUUUAACUAUCCAUGGAAGGGAAGAUGAAGAAGUUGAUCCUUCUAACUACGUGCUUCAAGUUAGUGGAAGACUGGAAUAUGUCUUUGGAGACCACCCAUUAAUUCAGUUCCAGUAUCUUCAUCGUUGUGUAAUGAGCAGAACUCUUCCUCAGCUGACUCUCAUUGAGUGCAGCACCAUUAAAAAAAUGUGCGAACAGGAAAUGAUUGCUAUAGAAGCUGCCAUAAACCGAAAACCUUCCAACCUUCCACUUCCUUUGCCCCCCAAAAAGUCACGUGUGACACAAAGUGUAUGGGAUAUUAGCCAGCCUUUCAAGGUUCUGCUGGUAAAUGGCAGUAAACUGAACACAGAAGAAACUGCCAAAGUUCAUGUCAGGGCUGGACUCUUCCAUGGAACUGAGCUCCUUUGUAAGCCCAUCGUAAGCUCAGAAAUAUCUGGGAGAAAUGACCAUCUUUGGAAUGAACCCUUGGAAUUCGAUAUUAACGUCUGUGAUUUGCCAAGAAUGGCUAGGCUGUGCUUUGUGGUUUAUGCUGUGAUGGAUAAAAUGAAAAAUAAAAAGUCAGCCAAGUCACUCAAUCCAUCCAAAUACCAGACCAUUAGGAAAGCGGGGAAAGUGCACUAUCCUGUAGCAUGGGUCAAUACUAUGGUCUUUGAUUUUAAAGGCCAAUUUAAAACUGGAGACCUUGUACUGCACAGCUGGUCAUCAUUUCCUGAUGAACUUGAAGAAAUGUUGAACCCAAUGGGAACUGUACAAACAAAUCCAUACACUGAAAAUGCAACAUCUUUGCAGAUCAAAUUUCAAGAGUAUUCAAAAUUUCCUAUUUAUUACCCUCCCUUUGAUAAGAUACUUGAAAAGGCAGCUGAAAUUGCGAGAAGCAGUGAUAGCUCUGGCAUGGCAGGCCGUGGUGGCAAAAAGUUCUACAUUGAGCUAAAGGAGAUCAUGGAAAGGGACCCUUUGUCUCAACUCUGUGAAAAUGAAAUGGAUCUCAUUUGGACUUUACGGUAUGACUGUCGUGAAAAUUUUCCACAGUCUUUGCCAAAGUUGUUGCUCUCCGUGAAAUGGAACAAACUUGAAGAUGUCGCUCAGCUUCAAGCUCUUCUUCAAAUAUGGUCCAAACUGCCCCCCAGAGAAGCAUUAGAGUUGUUGGAUUUCAAUUAUCCAGAUCAAUAUGUAAGAGAGUAUGCAGUGAGUUGCUUAAGGCAAAUGAGUGACGAAGAGCUUGCUCAAUAUCUUCUACAGCUUGUGCAAGUAUUGAAAUAUGAACCUUUUCUCGACUGUGCCCUAUCUAGGUUCCUGCUAGAAAAAGCAAUGGCAAAUAGAAGGAUAGGACAGAUGCUGUUUUGGCAUUUAAGAUCAGAAGUACAUAUUCCUGCAAUUUCAGUGCAGUUUGGUGUGAUACUUGAAGCAUUCUGCCGUGGAAGCAUUGCUCACAUGAAAGUACUUUCUAAACAGGUAGAAGCACUGAAUAAGAUGAAAACACUGAAUAAUUUAAUAAAACUGAAUGCCAUGAAGCAAAGCCGAGCUAAAGGAAAAGAAGCAAUGCACACCUGUUUAAAACAAAGAGUGUACAAAGAAGCCCUUUCUGAUCUCCAAUCCCCUCUGAAUCCUUCUGUUUUACUUUCAGAACUGUAUGUGGAGAAAUGUAAAUACAUGGACUCUAAAAUGAAGCCUUUGUGGAUAGUGUACAAUAACAAAGUAUUUGGUGGAGAUUUGGUGGUGAUCAUGUUUAAAAAUGGAGAUGAUCUACGGCAAGACAUGUUGACGCUUCAGAUGUUACGCCUGAUGGAUUUACUUUGGAAGGAGGCUGGUCUAGAUCUACGAAUGUUGCCUUAUGGUUGUUUAGCAACAGGAGAUCUUUCUGGCUUAAUUGAGGUGAUUUCUGCAUCUGAGACUAUUGCAGACAUUCAACUAAACAGCAGUAAUGUUGCUGCUACCGCUGCAUUCAAUAAAGAUGCUCUUUUAAACUGGCUCAAAGAAUACAACUCGGGAGAUGACUUGGAUCGAGCCAUUGAAGCAUUUACAUUAUCUUGUGCUGGCUACUGUGUAGCUACUUACGUGCUGGGCAUAGGAGACAGACAUAGUGACAAUAUCAUGGUCAGGAAAAAUGGUCAGCUCUUUCAUAUAGAUUUUGGGCAUAUUCUUGGAAAUUUCAAAUCAAAAUUUGGAAUUAAAAGGGAACGAGUGCCUUUCAUCCUCACCUAUGAUUUUAUUCAUGUCAUUCAGCAAGGGAAAACUGGAAAUACUGAAAAAUUUGGUCGGUUUCGCCAAUGUUGUGAAGAAGCAUACUUGAUUCUGCGAAGACAUGGGAACCUCUUUAUCACUCUCUUUGCACUGAUGUUAACUGCUGGGCUUCCAGAACUAACCUCUGUUAAAGACAUCCAGUAUCUGAAGGAUUCCCUUGCCUUAGGAAAGAAUGAUGAAGAAGCACUAAAGCAAUUUAAGCAGAAAUUUGAUGAAGCACUCAGAGAAAGCUGGACCACUAAAGUGAACUGGAUGGCACACACUGUUCGGAAGGACUACCGAUCCUAGAUGGUUUAUAAAUUUGCACUAAGCUGAAUGUUACCCUGACAAUAAAGUGUUUAAAGGGAGAGAACACACCUGAGGUAAUUGCCUGAGCGAUUCCUGAUUAUUUUGCACUCUGCUUUGGCAUGCUUUCAUGAUAUUUUGUAAAAUUAGCAGAUGUCCUCAGUAAAAUCACUUCUGCUGACUUUGCACGCAGAAAGCUAUUACUAAGCUUUUAUAUUAUUAUUUUGAUACAUUGAGAAGCUGUAAAUAUUGGGGAUUUUUAAAAAAUGUUUAAGCAGCAUACUCUAACGUUGUGUGGAUCGUUAGAGACUUCUUGGACUGAUUGCUAAACAGUGUCAGAGAUUUGGGGAUGUCUGUAAUGUCUCUAAAAAAUGAACAUUGUUUUGUGUGUGUAUGUGUGUGUGUGUGUGUGUGUGUGUGUGUGUGUGUGUGUAUAUAUAUAUAUAUAUAUAUAUAUAUAUAUAUAUAUAUAUAUAUAUAUAUAUACUGUCAUUGACAGAUUUGUUCUACUGGAAAUAACUGCCAGAUUAUUGUAUAGCCAAAAGCUGCUUAUUGUCUUGAACUGCUACUAGAAAAACAGAAAUUUCUACAUAAUGGGAAAUGUAUUUUAAAAAACAGAUCAUUUUGUUCAAGUGCUCAGUGUUGAUGUAAAUGUCUUAAAUUUGACCACAGUGUGAAUUGUCUUUGUGUAUUUUGAAUAUCUUUUGUUUAGAAGAUUUCAUGAAGUUGUCUUGAUGGUUUUCCAGUGAUAUCCAUAACAAUUUGUGUGCUUCACAUAAACUGUUUAAUAUAUGUAAAUGGAAAACCUAUGCUUGAACACUUACCAGGCAGCUACAUCGCCAAACAAGAAAAACUGGAUGUUAAAGUCAAGAGAUGUGUGAUUACAUUUUAAAAUAUGCUAUAGUGCAAACAUUUUUAAAUGAAAGGGCUCCAAAUUGGAGUCAGAUCGGUUAUUUACAGUGUUCCUAAAUUACCUGCAGUGAUGUUUGUCUUGUCCAGAUUUGUGUUCAACCUAAGAUUACUGAUGGAGAAAACUGGAUUUAUCCUAACUUAUAAAAUAUGGUACCAUAUGUUAAGGUGCUCAAUACAUGAGCAAUUCAAAUUAGAAGUGCAAUAGGAGCUGCUGGCUGAAGAUGUAACAUGAAAUGUUUUGAAACAGUGGCAAGAUGGACAUCUAGCUACUGCUUGCUCUCCAAAGAACACUGAUAGAUCUUAGUUUUCAUGAUUCAAUAAAAGUAAUUAUAUAUGAAGUUACUUUGGGAUCAAAUCAAUGAUUUUAAACACAUUGCAUUAAAGACUACUUUGGCUAUUUUGCUUUGUCUAAGGUAUGUGUGAGUGUUUCUGCAGUGGGCAGCUUAUGGCCUUCCUGAGGAUAUUAAACAGCAUAUCCCAUCAUUCUUAGCCAUCAUACCCAAUGGUAAGGAAUGGGAAUUGUUGUCCGUACAAUGUCUGGAAAAGGACCACAUGUCUCCAGUUCUACUGAAAAGUGCACUAUAUAUGGAUGGAUGUAAUUCUCUGACUGAUCUACUGUCAAGUUGAGGAUCAAUAAUCCAUUAAAAGGUCAAAUGUGAUAGGCAAUAUAUCAUAUAUUUGAAUUUGAUCUCUCGCUUGUAUCGCUUGUGUUAUAUUCUACUGGCAUUGCAUUUUGAAGCAUUCUGCCCUUUCAAAACUCAGACCUGUCAAUUUUCAGAUAUUAUUCUGUAAAUCUUGUUUUCAGUUUGUGUGUGUUCACUGUCUUUUCUGUACCUCGGUGGACUGUUGCAGCUUUUCAUUGCACUUGAAACUAAUGAAACAGAAAUCAAACUAAUGAGUAAAAUUGUAUUUUUAAUUUGGAGUCCAUUUGUUUGUAUUCCCAUUUGUUUUAGUAAUUGAAAUUGAGAGCACUAACUCGUUUAGUUUUUCAUUAAGCUAUUAAAUUGAUUGUAUACCCCUG